AUGGCCAUGCCAGCUUCAAUCGGCUACACAGCUGCGGCACUGACGCCCCCCUUCACGGUGGAGUUGUUUGCAAAUAUAUCCCUGGACGCCAUACCCGUAGGCAGCACCAGCUCGAGCAGCAUGGCGGUGCUUGUCGGCAGCUUCCCCACCUGGUUCCUGGCUUUGCGCCGAAGCUCUGCUGGACAGGCGCAGCUCCUCUUCUACCACAGCCGCAUCACACUGGCUUCUCACUUGAGCGCGGAGGCACUCGACAGCGUCAUCGCCUCGAACCCUUUCACCUGGGACAACAGCCGACAAGCUUGGCGACAUGUGGCAGUAGUGGUCGUUCCAAACCUGGCAACAAUGCAUAACGUCUUCUUUUAUGUGGAUGGUGAGCUGGUGUCAUCCGGGUAUCGCGCGGUUUCUGUGAUCGACAUCCUGGAAGCCCCGUACAUCAUCCCAGAACACCGGGAUGUCUUUCAUGUUGGGCCCGUCAAUGUGCAGCGUUUUCCCGAAUUCCUGGCUGCUGGGAGACCUUACUACGACCUGCCGCUGUACGCGGGCCAGCUUGAUGAAGUGCGCGUGCACCACGAGGCCUUGGAUGGGCUGACGCUCGGGUCACAGAUCUCGGAGCUGCGGCGGCGCGCAGCCUGCAACCCGCGCUUCCUCUCUUCGCUCAGAGCCACUUUGCUCGCCAUCCUGAAGCCGAUAACCGUCAACUCAAACCUUUCCUUUAUGCUCACGCCUCCCAACACCAGCUCCGAGCAAUCGGAGUGCCGCACGGGCUACGAGCUUUGCGGGGCGCUGCCCGGCAUAUGCGUGGAAACCUGCCCAGGCACUUUGCUGCGUCAGGCCGACUGCUCCUGCGAUUGUCCGCCAACCUACUUCCAGACAUGGCUUGUAGGCGCCAUCCACCUUACUGGAUCUGGCGACGUCAGGAAUGCCACAGUUUACGAUGCGGAGCACAACAUACUGGGCUCCCUUGGCUUCGCGACAUUGCCGCAGCGCAUCGCCAUCUCACCGAACCCAUCGCAGGUAGCCGUGGUGGAGGUUUGGGGGGGUUCCUCGGCCAGCUAUGUGUCGCUGGAGGCGCGCCGGUAUGAGCCGCGAGGAGGCAGGAGCUGGAGGCAAUUGCUAGGAGACUUGAACCUGUUCGCUGAUUUACCAGCAUACCACAGAGUGGUGGUCAUGCUUUGCUACCGAGAGUUGCGAUAUGAGACUCUGCCAGCACAGCUCUGGGGUAUGAGGCUUCACGACGUAGCGCUGCAGGGCGAUCGGCCGACUUUGCUGCACCACCGCCGUGUCGUCACCUAUGCCGACCCUUCGCUAAGCUGUUCGCGCUGCUCUGGGGAGGCCCCGAGAUCCGUGCUUCCGCGUCAGGAUGCGAUGUCUUGUCGCUGUGCAGACGGUUAUGGGCCGAACCUUCUGGGCAAGUGCGUCCCCCUGGGUGGGCCGCUGCAGUCGCCGGUGAUCAACUUGGGCAAUGGAACCUACCAUACGGCGGGUACUCGCGUCCGUCUCUCCUUCCCUCCUGGGCUGGCCACUUGGCAAGUUCAGCGUCUUUUCGGUCUCUUGUUCGGGUGGCCAGCAGCUUGA